AUGUCGCGCUCGAUGAGCCACGCUCCGGCGCCGACGCCCGGCGUGCAGCUCGACAAGUGGGCCGCCGUGCAGGCGCCCCUCUCCGACGCCGAGCGCGCCAGCGUCAGCCGCCUCGCCGACUGGAUCGCCGGUGGGCCGAGCGCAGCGUCGGGGCCAAGCGUGCAGCGCCGGCGCAGCUCUGUCGCUGCGGCAUCAGCGCUGCGCUCCAAUGGCGUCGACGCCAACGCAGCCUCCUCGUCGCGUCUGCCGGAGCAGGCUGAGCCGGAGGAGACGCCCGCUGCAGCGCCGAGUCGGGCAGUUAAGGCUUCCGCGCAGCCUUCGCUGCCGACAGCGCCAAUCCAUGACGCGCCUGCCUUUCUCGCCUGGUUCGCUAGCCAGCAGGCCUACAUCUCCUCGUCGACCGAGUCGGCGCACACGCAGGCGCUGGCGGGCAUCACUGCCGCCUGCGACGAGGCGGACGCGCUGCUGCAGGAGAUUGAGGCGGCGCGUGUGCACAUUGCUGAGCUGCGUGCUGGUGCCCGAUACGUCGAGGAGGGAAGUGAAGGGCUGCGAGAAGAGGCGGAGAGCAUGGUCGAGAAGAUGGACCAUCUCUCGACGCUGUCCGAAGCCCUGUCGCUGCGGCUCUCCUACUUCUCGAUCCUGCCUACCUCAACAUCCUUCCUCAACUCGCCGUCCGUCACGCUCGUGCUCUCGCCAGACUUCCUGCACACGCUCGACCGUCUCGACGUGGGCCUCGAGUUUGUGCAGGCGCAUCCGCAGUACAAGGACGCCGCGCUGUACCGCAUGCGCUUCGAGCACUGCGUUGUGCGCGCUGGCCAGCUCAUCCGGCUGUAUCUGGUGCAGCGCAUGCAGCAGCUCGUGCAGGAGACUGGCGACGGGCUGAAGAAGUGGGAGAAGGAGCGGUACGGCAAGGGCGCGGCGGAGAAGAGCCAGGGCAGCGCGGACUCGAAGCUUCAGGACCUCGCGGAUCCGGACCUGCACGGCCUCAUGUACGACAAGUUCAGCACAGAGUCGAUGCAGAUGCGGCCGCUGCUGGCCGAGCUCGAGAAGCGCGCCGCUCCGUCGGCGCCUGCCGCCGCCUCGAUGCAGCUUUCCAUCGAGGAGUCCGACAAGGUGCCUCCGAUGAAUGAAGACGCACUGCUCGCGGACUACUCGAUGACGCAGGAGAGCGACGAUGGCCGCACAGGGCGGACAAAGGCAUUCGUGUUCUCGUCGCCCGAGUUCGCGGCCAUGCUCAGCGAGUGCCGCGCCGCAUACUUCGACGCGCGCCGGGCGCUGCUUCUCGGGCUCAUUGGCAGCUGUUUGGCUCGCAUCGAAGCGGCCGUCCACGCCGAAGACUCGUCAGCGAGCAGCUCGUCUGCAGACUCGUUCGUUGUACGUCUGGCGCGGCGUGGCCUCGACUUCUUGCGUGCGCUGUGCGAGUCCGAGUACAAGCUCUGCGACCACUUCUUCGUCGUCGACGAUGACGAGCAGCGCGGUGCGACUGGCCAGUCAAGCGCCGCUGAGCUGCAAGCAUACCUCGAGACGAUCUGCGCGGCAUUGCACGACCGCGUGCGGCCACGCAUCCAGAAGGAGACCAGCCCUGCGGUCCUCUCGCGCAUCUGCGCUGCGCUGCUCGAAGUGCCUGCCGCCGAGGAGCCGGAUGAUGCACCGUCCCGCUCUGCCGAACUUCUGCUGCAGCCUCUGCUGCGACCUUUGCUCGAUGCCGCGCAAGCUCAACUCGUGCUCAAGGCCCGAGAGGACUUUGGCAAGAUCGCCGCGCACACGCCAACAGCGGACGACGUCGACUAUCCAGCCAAACUUGGUGGCGCUGCCGGUGCCGCAGCCGCUGCUCAUCGACGAGCCAAGAGCAGCAUCGGCGGUGCGGGUCUCUUUCAAGCGGCCGAGGCGGCAAGUGCAAUGGCGGCGUCGGCGCAGCGCGCAGAGAACGAGGGCAAGAUCCGUCUCUUCACUGCGCCGCCUGCGUCUGUCACGCGCACGUGGUACACGCCCUUGACACGCACACUGCAAGGCCUCUCGCUCGUCUACGAGCGCGUGCCCACGAGUGUGUUCUACGACGUAGGCAUGAGCGCGGUCGAGGCAUGCCGAGCGUCACUCGUCACCGGCGCCGAAGCACUGCGUACCGGCGGCGGCGGGCUCGGUACUGGUCGCAUCGGGCUUAGCGGCCGUCUCGACGGGCCACUGUUUUGGCUGCGGCAUCUGCUUCUCCUGCGCGAGAUCGCUCUUUCGGUGCAGCUGAGCGCAGACACCGGCGGCCACGGCCCAGCGGAUCGCAUCGCUGCCCUUACAGGCCACGCGCGCGGCGCUCCUGCCGCGUCUGCCGGCAUGGCACUGGACUUUGCCACGGUCGCGUCCGUCGUCAACGCUCUGUGGGCCGGCACAAGCGCACUGCUUGCUCCGCGGUCGCUGUACCAGCUCGCAAGAGGCGCAGGUGCGGCAGUCGCGGCGCCAGAAUCACCGAUGCCGCCCAGCUCGCCUAGAGAGACCUCGCACGCCGCGAUGCAGCAGCUCGAGGAGGACAUCCAGCGCGCGUCGACGCAGCUGGUCGCCAUCAUCGCGGAGAGCACGGCGCUGCCGCUGCGCGUCUACAUCUCGCAGAUCAGCCGCACGCCGCUGCCCGCCGCGACCGAGCCGCGCUCGCCGGACGCGCAGUCGCCAGAGGCCGGCGUGACCUCGCCCACCUCGCCGCUUGCGAAGCGGCGGGCUUCGGAGGUCGGAGCAGUGGGCAAGGCGCGCGGCGCGUACGAUGCCUUCUGCAAGUGCACAGAGGUCAAUCUAAAGGAGGCACGCAGCGCCAUCCGCGCGUAUCUCGAGGACGAGCGGGCGAUGGGCAGCCUCGUCGAGCCCGUGCUGAGCCAAGUCAUCGAGAGCUACGAAGCGUUCACAGCAGUCGUUCGCGAGCGGCAUCCGGCCGUGGCAGAGUCGGAGCUGCCGGGCGCUGACGAGAUCCGCGGGCGUCUCACGGCGAUGCUCACUGGCUGA